AUGGCACAGAAGACCAUGAAAGCCGUCGUCUUCGACGGGCCGCACAAGGUGUCGGUACAGGACCGGCCGGUCCCCAAACUGCAACAUGGCGGGGACAUCAUUGUCAAAGUCCAAGCAGCUGCUCUGUGUGGCUCUGAGCUCCAUACUUUCCGUGGGCACGCGGAAUCCGACACGGGCUUCAUUAUGGGCCACGAGUUCACUGGGGUCGUGGUCGAGGUUGGUUCAGAUGUAAAGACCGUCAAGGAAGGGGACAAGAUCGUGUCUCCUUUCACUACCACUUGUGGAAAAUGCUUCUAUUGCGAGAAUGGCUACUCCUCCCGUUGCGUGGACUGUCUCCUUUUUGGCUGUCCAAAGCUAGACGGUGCGCAGGCAGAGUAUGUUCGGGUGCCUCACGCCGACGGCACUGUGGUGAAAGCACCUCCCGAGAUCCAGGACCAAUCGCUUGUGCUGAUGGCAGACAUCUUCCCCACGGGCUACUUCGGCGCCAAGAACGCCUUCAGCCGGCUGACGCCCAGCGAGAUCGCCAACGGGACGGUCGUGGUAGUCGGGUGCGGGCCCGUCGGGCUGUGCGCCAUCAUCGCCGCACUUGAGUACAAGCCCAAGCACCUCUUUGCUGUGGACAGCGUGGACAGCCGCCUGGAGGAGGCGAGAAAGCUGGGUGCAGAGCCGCUGAACUUUGUGAAGGACAAGGAGGGCAUGUUUGAGAAGGUGAAGAGUGUCACAGAGGGCCGGGGUGCGGAUGCGGUGAUAGAGGUUGUUGGACUGAGCCCAGCGCUGAGGACAGCCUUUGACCUCGUGAGGCCCUGGGGCGUCAUUUCAAGUAUCGGCGUGCACAAUGCCGAGAUCCCCUUCUCUGGUAACGACGGUUACAACAAAAACGUCCGACUUCAAAUGGGGCGAUGCUCGGUGAGGUCGUUGUUCCCCGAAUCCCUUGCUUUGCUGGCGAAGAGCCAGGACAAAUUGAGCUUCAUGUUCGACAAGAUCAUGCCCCUGUCGGAGGCGGUGGAAGGAUACGAUCUGUUCGACAAGAUGAAGGUUCAGAAAGUCAUUUUCAAGCCGUGA